AUGUUUAUGUGCUUCCCUGCCGACGGCAACUGUUGCUUUCAGGAAGAGACUGAAAUGCGUCCAGACGCAGACCCUUUCACGCUUGCAGGGAAUGCUGGGACCGUUGCCACUGGCGAGGAUGUUGCAGGGACGGAGGAGUACGAAAAUGCUGCAGAUGAUGGAACGCCUAGAGCGGGCGUCUUUCAUGCAGACCAGGCAAAAUUUUCCAACGAUAAGCUAGUCUCAGGUGACACAGACUUUCGACUGAAGGAACAGCUGUCACCUGCUUUAAGGCAAGAAGUGGAGCAAAUCAAGGCAGAUAUCGCUGCCCAGCAGGCCCUCAAGGCAGCCGAAAAUGGAGGCCAAGAUUCAGCCACUCUGACCGAUGUAGCGGAGACGGACAGCAAGGCUGAGGCUCAGCUGGCUGCAACGUUCUUUAAGACUGUUGUAGCCUUUGGGUUGAAAAGCCUUCCCGUAGUGCCGCAGUCGCAGCAGCGCCUGGGCCUGUCCCUGAAGUUCCACGAGGCCAGGUGCGGGGGCAUCCCAGCAGAACCACAGCCAGAGCAGCUCGCUCCACCACCCUUUCUCCCGCACGUGGAUCGGCAAGUUGACAUGGCGGUCCUCAAACUUGAGGACCAAGUCAGGACCCUCUUCCUUCCAGGAACAGAGGUCCGCAAGAUCAUGCAAGAGCACCCGGACUUGGGCAGAGAGAUGUUGAAUCUCAUCAUCGUUACAUGGCGCCCUGGUGAUGUCGAAAGCAGCCUCAAGGUCAAGGCUGUUUUGCAGAGGCACGGCCUCCGACUGAUUUCACAAAGCCAUGUCACCUUCGACCUCCUGGAAGAUGAUCUGGUGAAGUCCGCGCAGUUUGACGGAUUGGCCAUGGACGGUGAAAACAUCCAUGAGGUUUUGCUGGAGCGCUGCAGAAUGUUGCAGCAGCUGUGCCGGCGGGCGGCUGCAAACGUGGCCAGCCGGGGAGGUGCAUGA